CAAUUGCAGCAGUCAUCCUCGCUGUUAACCCAUACACACGCACAAAGUCUCCAAAUUAAUCCCAAUGUAUGGAGGGAGCGUACAUGCAAAGAGAAAUAUAUGAGCACACAUCAUUUUGAGAAAGGAGUAAAGCGAAAACCAAGUCCCAUUUGUAGGGUUCUCUUCAAACUUUUAAAAAUACCCCAAACCCAACUUCCCAUUAUUGAUAAAAAUUUAAAAAGUAAAAAUUUCGAUAAAAUCUUAACUACACCAGAAUGCUGGUUCGAGCAUGAACUUCAACCUGACGAUCAGGUCCUGGAACUUAAGAUCUUCGCAUUGAUAUUACCUAGGUUUUGGAUUCAUUUGUGAUCUGAUAUAGUUUGAAAAUAGAGAAUGAGGAUACAUACAUCAAGGAAACCCGAGAAAAGACGGUCCUUUUAGAGACAGAAAUGAAGUCUGACGGACAUCUGGAUUAUGCUGUUUUCCAGCUUUCACCUAGACGAUCGCACUGUGAAUUAUUUGUUUCCAGCAAUGGAAACACGGAGAAACUAGCGUCGGGACUGGUUAAACCAUUUGUAGCACAUUUAAAGGUUGUGGAGGAACAAGUUGCAUCUGAUGCUCAAUCGGUGAAGCUUGAAGUUGGAAGGCAAAAGAGUUCCAAAACAUGGUUCACAAAGGGAACACUCGAGAGGUUCGUUCGGUUUGUAAGUACACCUGAGGUUUUGGAACUGGUAAAUACCUUUGAUGCUGAGAUGUCUCAAUUAGAAGCAGCCCAAAAAAUAUAUGCAGAGGACAGAGGAAAUCAGCUUUCUGGAGGGGGCACAUCAGGCGUGACAACUUCAGCUGAUAUGACCAAGAAGGAAUUACUUAGAGCCAUUGAUGUGCGGCUUGUCACAGUUCAACAGGACUUAACAACAGCUUGUGCUCGUGCUGCCUCUGCCGGUUUCAAUGGUGAUACAGUCUCUGAACUUCAAAUGUUUGCAGAAUUUUUUGGUGGCCAUCGCUUAAAUGAAGCCUGCAGCAAAUAUAUAUCUUUGUGCGAGAGACGGGGAGAUUUAAUCACUCCAUGUGGAGCCCAGGACGGAGCUGUCCGAUCUUCAUAUGGGUCGGACAUGUCCAUUGAUGAGGACCCCUCCCCUCAGCCGACAGGGACCGACGCAGCCCAGACCCAACAUCAAGGAGAUCGCUCCACGUUUCAGCAGCCCACGCCUUCGACGUCCUUUUCUGUACAGCACACUUUCAGUUGUAAAUCCAGCAUCGAAAGAGAUGACUCAAACAAACAAAAUGACGAGGUUGUUGAAAAAGAAACGAAGAAAGGAGAGAGUUCAAGCGCUGAUCAGACUGAAUCGACUCGCAUGAGUCAUCAUGUGAGGCGACUCAGCGUGCAGGACCGGAUAAGCCUGUUCGAGAACAAACAGAAGGAGACUUCAGGGAGUGCUGGGAAGCCCGCAGUCCGGAAAUCGGUGGAGCUUAGAAGGCUGUCGUCUGACGUGUCAUCUGCCCCAGCUUCUGUAGAGAAAGCUGUGUUGAGGAGAUGGAGUGGUGCCAGUGACAUGAGCAUUGACUUAAGUGCUGAAAAGAAGGAUAAUGAGAGCCCAUUGUGCACUCCAUCCUCUGUGUCGGGUUUGCAGUCCAAGUCUGAAGAGAAAAAAGCUUUGAAUCUGAAUGAUACACUGGCAAGUUCUGUUAAGCCAGAGUCAAGAAUUAUUCCGGGGAUGGCUUUGGGUCGGGUUGUUGAUAGUGGAUUGAAAGAUAAUUCUUCUUUUAGUAAGUCAAAUGAUGGUUCCGAAUCUAGCAUGUCUAAUCCAAAUUUGAGUACUACGGAAUUUGAUGGCCCGAAAGAUCAAACACAUGGGAAGUCUCAAUCAAGGUCAUUUAUCGUAAGGGCUGAGGAUCAAGAAAAUUCAGAAGAGAAGUUCAGGUCUUUCCCUGAUAGUAAACAUGUUCUGAUAGGGUUCAGGGAUCAAGGAAAGUUGAAGGGUGGUUCUCUGAGUGGUAAAGUGCUUGGUGAUGUAAAAGGGAAAGUGGCUUCUGAUACACAAUUUACAGAAGUGAAGGAUCAGGGUGCUCUUCAGACACAGAUUCGGACUUUUGAAAUCAUAGGUGGUGGGCAAGUUGAAAUUUCAGAUUGGAAGGAACACUAUGAACUAAGAGACCAGCUUGUUACGCAAUCACGUUCAAAGUCUCCUCAGAAAAUUGUGGGAGACUCUGGACAGUUUGAAGGCCUUGCUGGAUCAAGAAUUAGAGAAGCUUUUGCUGCUCAUUAUAAAGGGACUGAAAGGUCCUUGUCUUCUAUGUCAAGUAAAAGAUCUGCAGGGUACACAGAUGAAGCUGGAAAGAAAGAGUUGGUUUCAUCUGAGAAAAUAUGUGGUAGUUCUGUGUCAAAAGUUGAAGAUUCGGGACUUCAGAAAAUGAAGUUUCAGAGACUAGUUUCAGCACCUGAACAGAUCAACAAGUCACUACUUUGGAAAGACGAAAGCAAUUCUGUUUAUGGAAGUAGAACAUCAUUUUCUGGUAAAUUGAUGAUGGAGGGGCAGGAUGGCUUUGAUUCAUUUUUAACCCCAACUUCGGAACAAGUGCAAAGGCUAAGGCUUGCAAAUGGAAACCAGGAACUGAAUGAUAAGUUGAAAAUUAAAGCAAAUGAGCUUGAAAGGCUCUUUGCUGAGCUACAGCUUCCUGGAGAUCAGUCCAGUUCUGCCUGUAGAGUCAGGUCCGCUGAUGUGCCAGGUGAGUCAACAGCAAGUUCGUCAUACACCAAACCAAUUGGAGAUACCACUCCUCGAUUAUCUGACAAUUACCUGUCAAUUGAACCGAUAGGGAGCUCUAACAACACGAUCAAGUUCAGUGCUGCUCCACUGAUGACAACGGUUGAGAAUCAGAAGUAUGGUGAUGCUGAGCUUAAUUUUUCAGAAGGCGCUCGAGGGAAAUUGUAUGACAUGUAUAUGCUGAAAAGGGAUGCAAAACUAAGGGAAGAAUGGGGUUCCAAAAAAGCAGAGAAAGAAGCCAAGCUGAAGACUAUGCGGGAUAGGUUUGAGCAGAGUACAGCUGAGAUGAAGGCCAAAUUUUCAGGAUCUGCAGAUAGACAGAAUUCAGUAUCCGGUGCUCGCCAACGAGCUGAGAGACUCAGAUCAUUUAAUACUCGGUCAAGCAUGAAAGGGGAGCAGAAACGAAUAGAUUUUGAGGAUAGUGAAGGUGAUAAAGAUGCAACAGAGUUUCAAGAGCAGGAACAUCUUCGUGGAGAUAGCACAUGGAAUGAGGCCUCUUUUGGACAUGGUGUCUCUAGGAGUGCACCUGGUAAGAUGCUACCCACUAAAAGUUUGUCCACAUCUAUGACUCAUGCCUCAGCAGCCCCCACCCCUCGAUCUGCUGUCAAAGCUUCCAUUCUAAAUUCUGGAAAGGGGAGAAUGCAAUCUGAAAAUCCACUUGUGCAGUCUGUCCACAACUUCUUUGACACAAGAAGAGAAAAUACCCAGCUUUCUUCUGCAGCCAGUAAGACAACUCGACUACAACUAAGAAACUAUGCCCGCGACAAGAGCACUAGUGAAGAAACACCAAUUGUCAAGGAGAGAUCACGCCGAUCACAGUCACUGAGGAAAAACUCUGCAAAUCUCAGUGAGUUAAGGGAUGUAUCACCUCUGGACUCGGAAGAUGCUGUUUUGACACCACUAGAACUUGACGAGGAAGUUGUGAAGAAUGAUGAGACCAGGCCUUUUCUUAAAAAAGGUAGUCGUGCAGACUUUGUUGCUCCAUCUAGAAUUACAAAGAACAUCUCUAUGACACCCGAGCCUCAAAAUAAUGAAGAGGAUAAUAAAGACUUGGCGUUUGAGCCAGAAGACAUGGGGAAUACAGUUAAAGGCGAAGAAGAGGAAGAGUUCGAGAGCAUGGGCCCUAAAGGUCACAAGGACUUGGACAAUGGAAAACCAAGACUGAGCCUGGGAUCAGAGAAGUUGGUAAAUUCAGGAUGUGAAAAUGGUGAUACUAUGAGAUCAUUUUCUCAAGUGGACCAGGCUCUGGGUGCUGAAUUGCCUGCUAUAGUGCAAGAUUGGACAGCAGAAAGUCCUCUCUCUUGGAGCACUCCCAUUCAACACCCCUUUUCUUAUCCUCGUGAGAUGUCAGAUGUCGAUGCCUCUAUUGACUUCCCAGUAGGUAGUCCUGCUUCAUGGAAUUCAAAUUGUCUUAGACAAAUAGAGACUGAUACAGCUCGAAUGAGGAAGAAAUGGGGAAUGGCUCAAAAGCCGAUGUGGGUGGCCCAUCCUUCCAAUAACAUAUCUCGCAAGGAUAUGACUAAAGGAUUUAAACGGCUGUUAAAAUUUGGAAGGAAAAAUCGUGGUUCGGAGAAUUUGGUCGACUGGAUCUCUGCAACCACGUCUGAAGGAGACGAUGAUACAGAGGAUGGACGUGAUCCUUCCAACCGUUCAUCGGAAGAUCUGAGGAAGUCAAGAAUGGGAUUUAGUCAAGGGCAACCUUCCGAUGAAAGCUUCACUGAAAGCGAGUUUUUCAACAAACAAGUUCAAUCUUCACACAGUUCAAUUUCAGCACCUGCGGCUUACUUGAAACUGAGGGAGGAUCAUAUAUCUGUAAGCUCAAUAAAAGCUCCCAGGUCAUUUUUCUCAUUAUCAACAUUCCGGAGCAAGGGAAGUGAGUCGAGGCCUAAACAACACUCAUGAGGAGAAACGACAUUGUUGGGGUCAUGGAGGAUUCUAAAUGAAUUGAUUGGACAUUAUCUAUAUAUUAAUCAGGGAUGACUGUGUUCUUCCAGGGGAAUCUACUCAUUUCUUGUUCUUGGUGUAUAUUGUAUUGAUUGGACAGUUCCAAUUGGCGGAACGACAAUGUGAUUUUGGUAGUUAAGAAGCAUUCUUUUCCAGUUGUAAUA